UCCCUUUAUCAUGUCUUCCAUUCUCUCAUUUUCAUCUUCUUUAUAAAUAAAAUACACUCACACCCUCUUUUUGACUAAUUUAAACUUCACACACACACACACAGACCCCGUUUUUAUCUUUUAUGUUAAAUUCACUUAUUAUUCCAACAAAACAUAAAAACUAUAUUUCAUAUUUGGCGGGAGUAACAAGAUAUAUGUAUAUAUGAGCAUAUACAUAUAGCUAGCUUUGGUUUCAUUUACUACAAAAGCAGCUUGCGUGUGAAGAUAUAUUGGAUUAAUUCUGACAAUAAAUAUUUACUGUAUGACGGGAUUAGAAGGAAACAUUAUGGCUACAAAUAAUCAUUCAUCAUUGGCUAUGUUACAUGAGCCUAGUAUCGAUACCGAUAAGCUAAGUUACGAGAUAUUUUCGAUACUAGAAAGUAAUUUUUUGUUUGGGUAUGAUGAUCCAAAAGUUUGGAAACAACAACCUAAACAUGUUUUAGCAUCACCGGCUGUUUCGGUAACAGAAAAUGAUGACGUGGGUGUUGUACAGGCUGUUAAGAAUCAGAGGGGGAAAAUAUGUGUUUUGUGUAUUGAUGGGGGUGGAAUGAGAAGUAUUUUGGCUGGGAAAGCUUUGGGGUAUUUAGAAAAUGCUUUGCAGGUUAAGUCGGGUGACCCGAAUGCCCGAAUUGCGGAUUAUUUUGACGUUGCGGCUGGUACGGGUGUUGGUGGUGUUUUUACUGCGAUGUUGUUUGGGAGUAAAAAUGAUAACCGGCCGAUUUUUGAGGCGGAGGAUACGUGGAAGUUUGUUGCGGAAAAUGGGAAGAAAUUGUAUCAAAAGAAAUCAUCCGGGUUUGAUAUUUUUAAAAGAAUUAAAAAUCGGUCUGGGGCUGGAGCUGGAGGUCGGACCGGUGGAUUUGAGGCGGUGGUUAAAGAUACUUUUACUGUUGGAGGUAAAAGUUUAACAUUAAAAAACACGUUGAAACCGGUUUUGAUACCGUGUUAUGACCUCUCCAGCUCAGCUCCGUUUUUAUUUUCGAGAGCUGAUGCACUGGAGAGUGAUAGUUUUGAUUUUCGUCUUUGGGAAGUUUGUCGGGCGACUACGGCUUUGCCAGGGGAGUAUGACCCGGUACCAAUGAAGUCGGUCGAUGGGAAAACUCGAUGCGUGGCGGUCGACGGUGGUUUAGCAAUGAGUAACCCGACCGCGGCCGCGAUCACACAUGUGUUGCAUAACAAACAAGAGUUUCCAUUUGUGAGAGGUGUGGAAGACCUUUUGGUACUUUCAUUAGGUACGGGUCAGUUGUUAGAGUGUAAUUAUAAUUAUAAUCAGGUCAAAGGGUGGAAGGCUAAGGACUGGGCUCGACCCAUGGCUAGGAUUUCGGGUGAUAGCUCGGCUGAUAUGGUGGACCACGCUGUCUCCUUAGCAUUUGGCCAAAGCCGUAGCAGUAAUUAUGUCCGAAUUCAGGCAAAUGGAUCCAAUAUGGGCCGUUGUGGCGUGAAUGUUGAUUCAGAUUCUAGUCCGGGAAACAUAAAGUUGUUGACGGGAAUAGCUGAUGAAAUGUUGAAACAAAAGAAUGUAGAGUCAGUGCUCUUUGGGGGUAAGAAGAUCGACGAGCAGACAAACUUUGAAAAACUUGACUGGUUUGCAAGUGAACUCGUUUUGGAGCAUCAGAGGAGGAGUUGUAGAAUAGCUCCCACUGUUGCCUUUAAGCAAGCUGCCCUUACUUAAAACCACUUAUAACAAUGGGAAUGGUGGUCAAAAAGGAAAAAAGAAGUAAAGUAGCAUAGUGCAUACUCCCACAUUAACCAGCUUUAUUCUGAAAGAGAGUGAAGCAAAUUGACAGAAAAGGACAUUCAACUCAACUGUAAAAAUCAAGAAAAGGGCAUAUGGGAUGGAUAGGGGUAAUCUUGGUGUGAUUUUUUUUGCCUGCCACAUUUAACCAUUGUGGUGUCCACUCUAUGUUGCUUUGUCCUUUUCCUAAACAAGUGUGAAAUAUUUAGUAAAUUUGUAAGAAAAAAAAUGAAAAAAAGAACAAGAACUAGUGAGUGUGUGCGAGUCUAGAAUGGCUAAAUAUUUUUGGGGCUAAGAGUGCUCUUUUUUACUAUUUAACUAUUUUCUAGAUUUCUACAUAGAAAGGCCUACUUGUUCAAUUCAGAUUUUAUCUACAAUAUUAGUUGAUAUUUUUACAAGAAAGCCGUAUGAGUUUUUGUGUAAGUUGUGGUAUAGACUGGUAGUGGGUAUGAUUGAAAGCAACAUGCCUUGGUGUGGGACAUAAUGUUUAAAGGGACCCCAAGAUUUUACUAGAUUUAGAGGUUAUGUUGUUUGUUACUACUUUUUUGUCAUGUUUAUUAUAAUGGCUAGUUUCAUGUGUUUUGAA